CCCAUUCUCCGUUCAACGUAAACCGCCUCUCCACAUAUUGAUGAUGAAUAAGAAGCGAAGGGCAGGAAGGAAGAAGUUCCAAGAGACUCGUCAUCCAACAUACAAAGGCGUCAGGCAGAGAAACGGCAAGUGGGUGUGCGAGCUUCGACAACCUAACAACAACAAGGCGCGCUUGUGGCUCGGCACUUUUGCUAACCCUGACAUGGCAGCCGUAGCCCAUGAUGUUGCUGCUCUUGCCUUCAAGGGCGAUUCCGCAUCCUUAAAUUUCCCUGACGCUGCUCCCUCCUUGCCUCGCCUCAAUCCGCUCACCUCCUCCCUCAGAUCCAUUCAGUUUGCCGCCAUGGAAGCGGCUGGGAAGUUUCUUUGCGGCGACGAUGCUGGGAAGAACAUCUCUGCUCUGUCUUCGACCUGCAACCUUGAGUGCUCGGAAGCAUUAGAGGAAGAAGGGGACGCGGAGGCGAGGAGCAUGUAUUGGGAUGAAGAGGAGGUGUUUAACAUGCCCGAACUCAUGAACAGUAUGGCAGAAGGGUUGAUCAUGACACCACCGGCCUUGCAGAGAGGCUUCAAUUGGGAUGACAUCGAAACCACCACCGACUUGACUCUCUGGGAAGACUGACUCCCAAACCCCUAAAACUCGUUUACUUGCAUCUGUAGAAAGUUUCAGCGCUUGCAUCUUCAUUCUCUACUCGUGCGUGUUCCUUUUCUUGCUGUUUACCUCGACAUUUCUACGGCCAAAUAUGCUGUAUUUGUUUUUCUGCAAAAUCCAGAGACUUUUCGAUGAUACUUUUGAUGGUUUCGUCAGCUAACCAGAUGAAUCUGAGAAGGAGAGAGCAUUCUUCGAGUCAUAGCGAAUCGGAAUGCCCACGGACAUGGAAAAGGAUUUUGACUUCAUGUCAUUUCAUUUGAUCAGAAUGAGAUGUACUAUUAAACAAAUACCAGGCAGCAGGAGUCGCUAAAUUCAAUCCAUCCCAAACUGGGCUUUGUUGAUUCUCUCCGUCUUAUGGGAGUUUUUGGUCAUUGCCAAGAGUGUGGGUGUUUGGGAGAAUUACUAGGGUUUUUGUAGAUGUGGAUGGGUCGUGACUUAAUGGGGACUUGGGCAACUACAAUUAAGGAGAGGAUAUGGGCGACGGGCAGGAAGAAGGCAAUGGUCAAGUGGUGUGGAGGAAGAAAGCUUGAGCGUGGUCGCUGAGUAGGUAUGUAAUAUGGUUCUCUAUAUGGCGGCUGAUUUUGGGUGGUGUUGGAGGUUCUGGUUGAAGUUGUCAGUGGAUAUUACAACGUUGGUGUUGGUCGCACAUAUAGCAUUCGUUCGUAGAGUCCCAGAACCUGCUCUUUAAUUGGCAGAUGACUAUUUUAGGGUUUGGGUUUGGCAUGGUAGU